AUGCCUAACACGAACCCUACGAUGGACACAGCGUCAACGCUGGAAUAUGUGCUGCGCAAGGCCCGAGACGAGGCUGCGGUGCGUGUGCUGCCAAUCGGCUGCGUCACUAAGCAGAGCAAGGGCGCCGAGCUUGCAGAGAUGGGCGAGCUUGCCGAAGCUGGCGCAAUUGGCUUCAGUGACGACGGCAACCCGGUCGUAAACUCCAACAUCAUGCGACAAGCUCUCAGCUACAGUUCCGCGUUGGGGCUGCCCAUCAUCAACCACUGCGAAGAACCCUCGCUUUUCCACGGCGGUUCGAUGAACGAAGGCUGGAUAUCCAACCGACUCGGCAUCAAGGGCAUCCCCAACUCCGCCGAGGACAUCAUGGUAGCGCGCGACAUCAACCUCGCCGAACUCACCGGCGGUCGCUACCAUGUGGCGCACCUGAGCACUGCGGGCGCGCUUGAACUCGUGCGCCGCGCCAAAGAGCGAGGCAUGAAGAAUGUAACCGCCGAGGUCACGCCACACCACCUGACCCUGACCGACGAGGCAAUUCUCGGCAGGACCGCAGAUGGCAGUAACGGCUCAGGAGCAUACGCGCCGCUCACUUCAGCCGCCUACGACACCACCGCCAAGGUCAACCCGCCGCUGCGCGAGCAAGCUGAUAUGGAAGCCAUGAUUCAGGGCUUGCGCGAUGGCGUCAUAGACCUCAUCGCCACCGACCACGCGCCGCACAACCGCACCGACAAGGAAUGCACCUUCCACGAGGCAGCAUUCGGCAUCAGCACGCUGGAGACCGCGCUCGGUCAGCUCAUGGCGCUCGUUCACAGCGGCGCAAUCGACCUCCCCCUGCUCAUCGAGAAGAUGACUCUAGCACCAGCCCGAUUUCUGCGCCGAACCGACAUCGGCACACUGAAGCAAGGCGCGCCCGCCGACAUCACCAUCAUCAAUCCCGAAACCGAGUGGGUCGUGGACACCGCACAGUUCGCCUCCAAGGCAAUGCCACAAACCAAACCCGCCCACCUAGUCCUUGAAGACGGCUCCACGUACCGCGGCUAUGCGUUCGGCGCACAAACCUCCGCGCACGGCGAGGUCGUCUUCGCCACCUCGAUGACCGGCUAUCAGGAGAUGCUCACCGACCCGUCGUUCGCCGGGCAGAUUGUCGUGCCCACAUACCCGCUGAUGGGCAACUACGGCAUCAACUCGCGCGACAUCGAAUCGCGCCGCGUGCAGGUCUCCGGAUUCGUCGUGCGCGAGCACAGCCUGCGCCCCAGCCACUCCAUGAGCGAUAUGACGCUCGAUGCCUACCUGCAGUCCGAGGGCAUCGCAGGUAUCAGCGGCGUCGAUACGCGCGCCAUCACGCGCAGGCUGCGGACUCAGGGCGUCAUGAUGGGCGCGAUCGGCGUUGACGAAUCACCCGAGGCCACGCUCGCUCGCCUUGAGGAAAUCCCCGCCUACGGCGAUCUCGACUUCGUGCGGCAGGUCACGACCAAAAGCGCAUACGACUGGGACAGUCCACUGUGGCAGAAGCCCGCGCCCGAAACCACGCGGCGCGUCCUCGUCAGCGACUUUGGAUUGAAGUACAACAUCCUGCGCAUGCUGCGUUCUCGCGGCUGCGAGGUCAUCGCUAUGCCCGCCACCGCGUCCGCGCAGGACAUUAUCGACCGCAAUCCGGACGGCGUGAUGCUCUCCCCCGGACCCGGCGACCCCGAGCUUCUCGACUACGCCGUGGAGACGACGAAAGGGCUGCUCGGCAGGCUACCAGUCUUCGGCAUCUGCCUCGGCAAUCAGGUCGUCGGGCGCGCAGUAGGCGGCGGCACGUUCAAGCUCAAAUUCGGGUCAUCGCGGCGCUAA